GGGAAUCUGGAGAAGAUGAUGAUGAUGACGAAGAUGAUGAUGGAUAAAGAGAGAGAUUCGGCGGUUAAGGAAGAGAAACCGAGUUAUUCAACACUACUCGCCGCCGCCGCCGCGGCAGCGGUUGACGGCGGCGAUUCAGAGAUAAUGCUCAUUGAUACUGCUACCGAUGAAGUUGAAAACAUCGGUUCUAGAAGCCGAGUUAAAGGACCAUGGUCACCUGAAGAAGAUACUAUACUUAGUGGUCUUGUGAACAAGUUUGGGGCUAGAAAUUGGAGUUUGAUCGCUAGAGGAAUUCCUGGAAGGUCUGGUAAGUCGUGUCGACUUAGGUGGUGUAAUCAGCUCGAUCCUUCUGUUAAACGCAAGCCGUUUACUGACGAAGAGGAUCAUAUAAUUUUAUCUGCACACGCGAUCCAUGGGAAUAAGUGGGCAGCAAUUGCAAAGAUCCUACCUGGAAGAACGGACAAUGCAAUUAAAAACCACUGGAAUUCAACUCUGAGGAGGCGAUGCAAAGAUCAGAACAAACUGAAAACAAGGAUAGCCGCGAGUUCCCAUAACAUAGAGGAGAGAAGAACAAAAGCAUCCUCGGAAGAAACACUAUCAUGCAACAACAGUCUGGAAAUGAAAGAUGAAAUCCAGCAAAGCAAAAUAGAGGAGAAUCAACAAACUGUGAUGGAAAGAACAUUUUCCACCACCCUUUCUCGCCCUGUUGCACAUAUUGGCGCAUUUAACGUCUAUAACCUUUAUUCUGAUCAUGAAAACGGUUGUACUAGAGCAAAGAAAACAACGCCAAUGUGGGGAAACAACAACAUUGGGGUUUGCAAUAAUAUACUACUGAACUGCGGGUUGGAUGAUGUGAAAGGAGGGGGAAUUGUUCCUCUGCGUUGCGGGCAUGGUUGUUGUGAUGGACAGAGAGAGGAUCAACGAUGGUCAUUACUUGGACCGGAGUUUGUUGAGUUUGAGGACGAGGAGGGUGAGGAGUUGGCUCUUUCGUCGAGUCAAGAGUUGACUGCAAUAGCUGCUGAUUUGAAUAAAAUUGCUUGGAUUAGAAGCGGGCUUGACCAAAAUAGUAAAAAAAGGAAGGUAGAACCGGAAGAAGAAGAAAGUGUUUCGAAGAAUCAAGGAGGGAGUGGUUCAGUUUAAACACAGAUUGGUUUUGCCUUUCCUGCCCAAGUA